AUGGCUCCCAAGCGCAAAGCAUCUGAUAUGGAUCUCUCAGACGCAGAUGAGGAACCUAUGUUGGGUCGGCAAGUGCUACCGGUUGCGAACCUACCGCAUGAUUAUUCUGGUGAACCUAUGGAUGGCCUGCAGUAUUUGUUCACCGUUCGUCGGAAUGCUCGAAAGCUACCUCACUAUACACGAGUUGCGAACCCGUACGAGAUAAGGGAGGACCCAGUGGAACCCGCAACGAGUACUAUUUUUCUUGGGCGAUUCAGGAAUUUUCGCAGGAAUUCCGCGCAACCAACCAUCCACGUACAUGUACCCGCCUCAGCUUCUCCACACAAGAUCAUGCCGGAGAAGAAGCAACGAGAUCAAUGGUGGGCCUUCAUUGAGGGGCGGCCGCAAACUGACUGGGAUCCGCCUAAGAAGCCGCAACAAAACAAGCAGAACAAGUGGCGGAACGACCGUUAUAGUAGAGGUCUACGCGGGUUUCCUGAUGACACUGAUGAGCGGGAACUAUCUUAUGAUUACCGGGAAGAAGGCCGUGCGUAUGCAUCGGAGCAGGAAGCUCUGCGUGCCACUGAUAUGAAGGAUGCAAGUGUGCUCGAGGCUUCUGGUUCUCUACCAACACCUUUCGGUACUCCUGCACCUCAAGAGCUUAGUCCUGGAGAAAAAUGUGAUGAUGUAGACAAACAGGCUCACCGAGGACGGCGCGAACCGACACCCUCUUUGAUGCAAUACAUCGACCACCGAUAUGCACUGCACCUCCUCAUGUACUUCACCCAUUGGAUCAACGUGCACCUCGAACAGCCCCACCGUCCCCCUGCAUAUUUCACUCACACACAUGCGCGGUGGAUAUUCAUCCUUCUGUCCCGCGUGGAAGACUAUGUUUCUGCAGACGAGACAAGUCUGCUCCGCAAUCUCGCUCGAGCAUGCAUGUCGCUAAUCAAAGAAAACAUGAUCCGACGAACAGUUUCCAUCGAGACUGCAUCCCCUGAUGAGGCGACUCCAGUAGACAUCAGCAUGGAUGAGCGGUCUUGUUGGCUGAUCAUAACGGCGAUUGUCGGCAUUUGGGGACAGAGAGACUUGUGGGUGGACGCGGAGGAAAUGCUGGCCAAUAUGGUGGUAUAG